ACGCGUCCAUUGAACAAAAAUGAAGUAGGGAGAUUUACUCUCUCAAGUUUCAAAGUUGUCUUGAGGGAUUACUACCCAAUUGUAAUCCUCGGAGUUGGAUUUCUUGCCCCUGCCCCCAACCUAUUCAUUCAUUGGGUUUCCCGAGUUUUAAGUUUCCCGCCUUUUUGAUCCCAAAUAUUGACAUCAUAUUCGUUCGAUUUGGUAACCUCUAGCUCUGUGUUGUAACUUCUUGAGAAAAAUGCUAAUCAAAUCGUUGACCCAAUCCAAAUGUCGUGGGUUCACCUCAUCCCAAUUUAUACCACAGUUCUGCAGAUUGAGUAGUGAGGCUGGUGAGCAGGCUGCAAAUCCUUUAGAGUUCAAGCAUUGGAUACACAUGAAAGAUUCCUUAUUCUUCUUGGGACAACGACGAACCCCUUGGAAUCGACAAGAGUUGAAUCCAUACAAGGUUCUCCAGCCUCUUCAGGCCAAGGAUCUGGAAACAGAUCCAAAUAAUUUCAGAGAAAAUCUCAUUCAGGACUUUAAUGAGAUAUAUCAUACAGUCAAGGAUGUGGGGUAUCCCGAAAUGGCCGACCAAAUCUCCGGAGUUGUUUUCAUGCAUGCCACUUUGGAGGAGGACAAGUGUUCCAAAUGUAUGAGAGUCAUAGACUAUCUAGGAAUGAUGAGUGAUACUGAGCUUAUUCAAGCUAUGCAAUGUACCACCCAAUGGCCGGACACUAUCAAACAUUCGGAUGUGAUUAGGGACUUGAUGAAAAAGAUGGACUCUGAAUUUCUUCGGAGGGCAGCUGAUUUUGAACCUAAAACACAAUGGGAAGUGGCGAUUGGAUUAUCUUGCUUACAUUUUCUGAGUUAUCUCAAGUUUCCAUUCUCAGUGCUCAAGUCUGCCAUGGAGCAGACAACAUUGGGGCAUGAAACCAAGGAAGAAGUGACCAUCUUAAGCCUCUUAUCCUGUGCCUGUGCUCAUCAAGUCGAUUCGGCUUUUAUCGGCCAAUGGAAGGAAAUCGGUGACCACUUCCAAGACCACGUGGUGGAUCAUUUUGAUGACUACGAUCCAGUCGAGGUUGGGGUGUGUUUGGCUGGUCUCAAGGUUAUAUCAGGUCACCGAAGUCAAGCUCUCAAGUUGAAGGCCGAGAAUCGCUACGGUUUCAGAUUUUGAUACGGUCGAGGUUGCGAACUUGUUAUUUUGUUUGUUACGUUGCAAUUUUGCCAUGAACUUGUUUUUUGAGAUAAAUGUUGAUAAUGUAGACCCUUGUUCAAUUUUUUGAAAGAUAAAGUUCACUCGAAAUGACGUCGUUUGAAAACGGUCGUUGUUUUAACGACCUGUAUCCUUGGCAAGACUGCUUAGGAAGCUAUCAGAAUUGUGUUCGAGGUCAUUGUGUCUACGAUCAGUGGCUGGUCAUGCUUUUAGUCACAGGUGUGGUGGCCUUUGCCAUUGGCAUCGUAGGAGUGUCGCUGCAAGAGAACCUAGACAAAUUUCUGACAAACAUCUUCUCAGUGUGGAUGGCUUGCGUUUUGGGGAUCAUGCUGAGUGGAUCGAUUUUCGUCUACCUCUAGCUCUUAUUCCGUCUGGUUCAACUUUGGAUAAUCCAUUUAUAGGUCUGAAAACAGGAAAAUCUGGGGAAUUAGUGUGACCAUUAGCAAUUAUCAGAAUGGGCCACGUCCAGAGUAUGAUGAGGAUGCUGGUCAAAGAAUCGUCCUAUGUGGUGGCGUUGGGAUGAGAUGGAAAUUCCAAGUUUCAAGUUUACUUGACCCCGUGUCAAGGCAAAGUCAAAUAGCUCUAUUAACCACGGAAUCGUGUGGACCGACGAGCAAGAGAGAGGAGAGGGCAUUCAUAAAUUUUGCAAACUAUGAAUAACGCUCAUUUAAUCUGAUUUCGCAUGCACAUGAUAGCCCCCACAAUCAAAAUAUCUUUUCACUUUUA